AUGGCCGAACUUGCUGCUAUCGCCUUGGCAGGCAAUAUCCUUCAGUUUCUGGAGGUCGGCAUCAAGUUGACCCGCACAGCGACAAGAGUUUAUCAGUCCACAGACGGCUUCAUAAAGGAAGACCGGGACUUUCUGGCCGAUACCGAACGCUCUCGUAAACUAGCGUAUCUUAUCCAUCAGAACCAAUGGACUCCCGAAGAACAUUAUGAGAGCCGCUUGGAUGAUAGCCUCAUGGAGACGGCCAAGAUAUGUGAGGCAUAUGCAUCCGAACUUGUAGCCCUUCUUGAUCCAAUGCGUCUUAAGUCUGGAGGGUUUCGCGGCUUACAAUCUAUUAAGAUUAGCAUGCUUCGACAAUUCAAGGCUAGGGAUGUUCGGAACCUGGAAGUGAAGAUGAUCGCAGCACGAGAUAAUCUUAUGCUUGCAUUGAUAAGUACAUCUUAUGUCCAGCAAUCAUCUGCUCUUAGCGCCAUCCGCCAGUUGAAGCAGCAAAACGCGGUUUUGGAAGCCAAUACUACAAGCAAACUGGAGUCUAUUGAGAAUCUCAUCCAGGGAGUUGCAUCUAUUGACGCAGACGGGGCUACGACGAUGAUAACGCAUUUGGAUAACCUUGCGACCGAAGCGAAACAGGUGAAGAGACAGCAUAAGCUGUUAAAGAGCCUUCGAUUUCCUACUAUUAGGCAAAGACACAGUGCUAUUAUGGAGCAUCACAAAGCGACAUUCCAGUGGAUAUUUACAAGUACCGAAACCGGUUUCGGAGAGUGGCUUGAAUCAGGUGAUGGAUUCUUCUGGGUUAAAGGUAAGGCGGGCAGUGGAAAGUCAACGCUGAUGAAAUUUCUUGCCACCCACGACGAAACAGAGAUCCGAUUGAAGACCUGGGGAAAAGGGCAAAAAGUUGUCACAGCGAGCCAUUUCUUCUGGAAUGCCGGGACGCCAAUGCAGAAAUCCCUGACUGGACUGUUUCAAACGAUACUUUACCAGGUUGUCAAGGUGUGCCCAGAGCUCAUUGAUAUGGUCAUUGAGUGCCGGAAAGACCCAUCGGACCUUAUGCUGGCAGAGCCAUGGGACGACGACGAACUUCGCAUAGCUUUCCAAAGGCUCUCAAGCCUAGAGUCUCUCCCUUUGCAUUUUUGCUUCUUCAUUGAUGGACUAGACGAGUAUACAGCCGGAAAGCAGCGUUAUACUGGCACAUUCGAGGAGUUGCUUGCCCCAUUAAGAGUUCUAGCUUCCUCUCCUUCAAUCAAGCUAUGUGUGUCUAGUCGACCUUGGAAUUCAUUCGACAAAGAGUUUGGCAGACUCGAGUGGCAACUUCAGCUCGAAGACCUAACAAGAGAGGACAUCAGAAGCUAUGUGACGGAACAACUGGGCGCCGACCAGAAAUUUCAAGAGCUGUCUAACAAUAAUCCACAAUGCUCUGAGAUACCAGAAACAAUUGUUCAAAGAGCCCAAGGAGUUUUCCUAUGGGUCUUUCUUGUUGUAAACUCUCUCUUACGAGGCCUUUGCAACGAUGACAGUUACACUGAUCUCCAACAAAGACUGAAUGAGCUCCCAGAUGACUUAUACCGAUACUUCGAACACAUGCUCUAUUCCAUUGAGAAGGUCUACUGGGACAACACUACCCGAAUAUUCAGAACUGUUCUCGUAUCGGAACAAUCGUUACCACUACUAAGCUUUGAAUUUCUAGACCGGGAAGUGGAUGAUCCCGCAUAUGCAAUCACUAUGCAGUCCCAGCCCUUGUCGAAAGAGAGAUAUAAGAGGAUCCAUCAGCGGGCGAAGACACGCCUCAACGCACGUUGCCGCGAUUUGCUCUACGUCACGAAAAACACUGGAGAAGCUGUAUUUCUGUAUCAAGUCGACUUUGUUCACCGAACAGCUAGGGACUUCUUCUUGGACACAGGGGUGAUAGACAAGAUCAUUCAGGAACGACCAACACAGGACUUCAAUCCGCAUCUCUCCCUCUGUAAGGUUAUGCUGGCUUUGACAAAGGCCCUGACAAACUUUCAGUCAAUCUCUACAUUCGUUGCUGAUCUCAUGUAUUAUGCACGCACUAUCGAAGACAUGUACGGCCAGCCUGACCUAUAUAGAGACACCCCAAUCAGUUUCGGCAGUUUGACCGAGAUGUUUGGCAUCUUGGAUGAAUUGGCAAGGGUUAAUACAGAACGGUCUGUAAAUCCGGAUGUUCAUCUGUUGGACAAUCUUGAGCAUCUUUCAAAAGAUUACUUCAAAAAGCCCCGCUUGAAUAACGUCUUGGCGCCUGCAGUCCAGGCCGGAUUGCUCCUCUAUGUCGAAGAUCGCCUUCGCAGGCACCCUUCAGAGCUUCAAUUGAAUACUGGCCGACCUCUGCUUGAUUACGCUCUACGACCAGGAAAUACUGCGACUAUGCUGAGGUCACCUUCAGAGACAGUUCCCAUUAUCCCUAUUUUAAAACUUCUCUUACACCUUGGAGCCAACCCUAACGCCAGAGUAGAUAUGUACGAUGGGAAAACGACAUGGGGGUGUUUCUUGGAGACUUGCCAACAACAUGCUGCGCGGAAACGAAGCCCCGAAGAAGUCGAAAAGAUAGCAGCUGCUCUGGAGCUUAUGAUAGACUAUGGAGCAAGAGUGGAGGGACACUUUGGCCCCCUCACCUUUAUGGAGCUUCUUGAUGAAAUCAACUUGCCACCUCAUUGGGUCAAUCGCAUCCAAGAGAUGACUGAAAACAAAGAUGAGAAACAAUCACUACUCUCAAGUAUUACGUCUUGGCUACAAUGGACGUAG